AUGGCAACGCGCCGUAAAGCCGACACCGACAUGGGGAAUGGCGCCCCUCUCACAGCCGGCAUGCCCAGCGGCACCAUCCGCUCACCGACCUCAUCUGCGCGCCGCUCGCCCUUCUUCCCCACGCGCCUCGAAGCACAACUCAUAGCCAUCUACCCAUUAACGCUCCUCCUCGGCAGCGUGUUCAGCAUAAUCUCGCCUUCAAAUCGAGCCGCUCCCUACUCUGCAACCUUACAAUCUCAUCCCACGGAAUUCGCGCCCUCGUACUUUGCGCAAAAAAAGAACGUCUUCAACGUGUACUUUGUCAAACAAGGAUGGUUCUGGACUACACUAGCAUUCGCGGUCUUUGUUAGCUUCCAUCCCGGUUUCGGUCAAGGUGCGAGCGCGAGGCGCAUCCGAGCAGUUAUGCGCUACGGCGUUGUGACGACUUGGUGGUGCUUCAUGACGCAGUGGUUUUUUGGACCGCCGCUGAUUGAUCGUGGAUUCAGGUUCACGGGAGGUCAGUGCGAAAUUAUGAGGGAUCCCGACGCGAGGGAGGAAAUGAGUAAUACGAGAGAGUACAUCACGGCGGCAACGUGCAAGGCGGUUGGUGGAACAUGGAAGGGUGGUCAUGAUAUUUCUGGACACGUCUUCUUGCUCAUUCUUGGCUCAUCGCUUCUGUGGUUGGAAUUCCUGCCUGCGUUGACGCGUGUAGAAGGGCUGAGAGACGGAAGGUUGAUUACUUUGCCAGAUGGCAAGGUUGCGAGUGUUGCAGUAGAGAAAGAGCUGGUCAAGUCUGAAGGCGAGGCUACAGCGCGUGGCGUCAAGUUCGCACUCAGUGUCGCGGCGCUGAUGUGGUGGAUGCUUCUCAUGACAGCUGCCUACUUUCAUACUUGGUUUGAGAAGUUUACGGGUCUGUUGGUCGCGUUUGCGGCGCUGUGGACUGUCUACUUCCUUCCGAGAGGCGUGCCGCAGGUCAGAGCGUGGUUGGGUAUGCCUGGUGUAUGA